AUCAUUAUAUUAAAGAUGUUUUACUUCUUUAUUAUCUUUAUAUCUUUCUUGCGUCCUUUUGUUUCGGCACAAUUAUCAAAUGAUUAUACACAAGAAGAAUUCUCAAGUUAUAUUAAUGUUUUAAUUGGUUUCAUGGUCUCAUUCGUUAUUUUUGUAUUAGUAGACAAGAAUUAAAAUUAAUUGUAACUGCUGCGUAAAUUUAUAAUUUUUAAAGCGAGAAUAAGACAGAAUUAAAUUAUAAAAUUUUUAG